CAGGCAGCUGAAGAAAAAGGAAAAUAACGCUGAUAUAUGCAUUAGAUCUUCAGGCAGAGGGAACAGACCUGUCUUUUCUGAAAUCGUUUAUAGAAGCAACAAGGCUGGUAAAGCUAUUGAAAGAAAAAGAUGGAAACACUUAGCCAAUCUACCGUACAGAUGCACGAAGGUAUGACAAAUGGUCUCAAGACGACUGAAGAAGUUAUCAAAAAAUAUAAACGGAAAAACUAUGAAGGAAUGGAAGCCGACUUACUAAAUGUUAAAAAUGGUUUCAUCAAACACAAAAAGCUAGCAGAAGAAAUGAAAAAUGAAGUGACUAAAUGUCAGGAAGAGCAGAUGGAUGAUCGAAAGCGCAUUUCACGCCUGGAGGAUGUAUUUAAAAAACUCCAACCCCAAGUGGACAAUUUAAUGAAGAAAAACAAAAAUUUGGAAAUAGCGCGAAUCACUAGCAACUUCGAGUAUGGCCUUGCAGCAUACAUCUACCCACCAGAAACAAAAAUCACAUUCAGUCCAAUCUUCCCAAGCCUGAUGUUGUGGCUGAACGAUGAAAGAGAUACGCCAGAAGGAGUUGAAGGUAACAGAAAGUGGGAUGAAUUUGUGAGAAGUUCUCACUGGUCAGAAGCGCACGAAAGAGUUUUCUAUAAAAUGCUCACGUUUCGAAAGGAAAUUGAUUACAUGAAUGCCGAUUUUCAAGAAAGAUUCGAUGACAGAGAGAAACUAUGUGUUGAAGAUAUAUGUCAAAUGAGCGGACAAUUAAAUCAAUAUUGAACAACAUUUAAUUUAUAAGUAAAUAACAUGUAUAGGUACACCACGUAUUCAAUACUGCAUGCAAAGCUUUCGGUCCGUAACCCGUGCCUUCAUCAGUGCAAAAUUACAACUUGAAAAUACUUUUUACUUUUAAAUUCGACCCUCCUUCGUUCUAAGAUUUUUAAUUGACUAUUCCUGCACAUUUUCAGUAACCUUUCAAUAUUAAUAAUCAUGUUACGAGAACAUUGAACAUUUUGCAUGUAGUCUGAGCUGAAAAUCAAUAACAACAAUUAUCGUGUUUCCAAAACUGAAGGUUUCGAUUAUAGUCUUUUAGCCUUCCAGCAUCUAAACUUUUAACAAAAUAACGACUGUGAAUAUUUUUUUGCCAUUGACACUUUCAUUUUAAAAUAUCCAGUCUUUUCGUCUGAGUUUCGAUAGCGUUUCUCUUCAUUUCAUUCAUACUAAUUUUUAUGAGCUGUAAUAAUAUAAGGAUGUAAUCAACUUUGCAUAAAUAUUGAGAA